GAGGUCACCAGUUGAACUCCAUGUGCGUAACGUUGAGAUGACGUUUUCAUAAAGUUUUGCUUUCGGCUGAAACUUCUAGUCUCCAGCUUGUCAAACCCGACAACAAUAAUGGCAUCAGGAGCGGGACCCUCACACAAACCACGGCAUGUCUGUGAGCUGUGUGAUGUCAGAGUAGAGUCUGCGGCCACUCUUCAGGCCCACUACUCUGGAAAGCGUCACCAGAAACUCGUGAGCCUGCAGCAGGGUCGUCAGAACCAGGCAGACAGGAGUCUGUUCAUCACAGGGUUCAGGAAGGGCACGUCUGAACUGGAGCUUACUGACUACUUCAACAGCUACGGCAGUGUUUCCAAUGUCUUCAUGGACAAAGACAAGGGUGCCUAUGCCAUUGUUGAGUUCAGUACCAAGGACAGAGCCCAGACUGUACUUCAGACAUCUCCCCACAUUCUGGAUGACCAUGAACUGACAGUCAAACCCAGGGAACUCAAGACUUUCUCCCCUAAACGCCAACACAAGAGGCAGGCUGGGACAGGAGACGGGCAGGCUUCAGAGCAAGAGGAAGUCUUCAGAGCCUUGUGUGGUCAGCCAUCGGUUGAUGAUCAGAUGAGCAUGUUGAUGCAGUACCACCAGAUCUCACCAGAGGGAGUCCGUGUCAGGUAUCUGGUCUGCACCCUCCUACGGGAAGUGUUUCAGGAGUUUUUCCCAGCUUGUCGAGUUUUUCCCUUCGGCUCGUCUGUGAAUGGUUUUGGGCGGCCGGGAUGUGACCUGGACUUGUACCUGGACUUCGGACGCUCAAAGUUUGACUACCAGUUUGCAACGCCAAGCAGUGCUGAUCAUGAGUUGGACAGCGACAAUGUCAUCUCCAUGGAGGACAUUGAGUCAGCCUCAGUUGAGGAACUUCUGGCCCUGCUGGCUAACAUAUUAAAGAGAUGCGCACCUGGCUGUGCCAAAGUGCAGGUGGUUCCCUCCUCCAGGUGUCCUGUGGUUAAGUUCGUUCACAAGGAUACAGGACUCAGAUGUGAUAUCUCCAUCAACAAUAGACUUGCCCUCCACAACACAGAGCUGCUCCACCUGUACAGAACUGUGUACCCCGGCCUGACUCGGCUGGUGUGUGUGGUGAGGGAGUGGGCCAGGCUGGGUGGGAUAGGUGGGAACAGUGCAGGGGGAGGGCCACGGCUCACUAACUACGCCCUGACAUGGAUGGUAGUCUACUACCUACAGACAGAAGCUGUGCUGCCAUCAGUACAACAACUCAGGGAUGUGUGUGACCCUACUGAGGUGUUGUUGGUGGAUGGCUGGGACUGUUCCUUCACAAGACAGAUAGACAAGUUCCCAACCAAGGGAAAAACACCCUCACCAGUUGAGCUGCUGAAGGGAUUCUUCCACUUUUUCAGCAAAUUUGAAUUUGAAACCUCAGUGGUGUCUCCUCUCUCUGGGCAGCACCUGUCAAUCACCCAAGUUUCAACCAAUCAGAUCAUCCCAACAGCAGGUGUGCAAGGAGAAUCACAGGCUUUGCAAGCAACCAAUCAGGCCUCUACUUCCCAGCAUGCAUCUGAGGAAGUGACAGCCAAUGAGGGUUCAGAUAGCUGCCAUCAGUUCAAGAUUGGGCCAAUCAACUUUCAGGAUCCAUUUGAGUUAAGCCACAAUGUAGCAGGCAAUGUCAAUGAAAAAACUGCACAAAGGAUUGCAGAGGAGUUCAACAAGGCAGCCGAAAUUUGUUCCAAGCAGAAUUUUGGCACAAAGAUGUCUUAUUUACCAGAUUCGGUGCCAUGGGGGGUUGCCAAGCUGUUAAAGAAUGCUGCUAAACCAAGACAGCAUUCGAAGAAGCAGUGCCUUCACCAAACUCCCACAGCGUCUCCUAAGCCCCUGUCACCUGAACCGGGCAUCCCCAAUGAGUCACCUGACCUAAAACAAAGAGAUUAUGUCAUUCCGAUACAGAUGAAGAUGUCUAAACUUCCACCACACUUUGUAACUGCCUUCUCCAACUCUGACGAGUUGAAACAAACGUGGUGUGAGAAAGUGGAAAAUUUUGUGGGAGAACUUUUCACACGGGUACUCAAGAUGGAAGAACAGUCUAAAGUUGCAAAGACAGAAGAUAUCCAAGAAAGUUCGGAAGAUGUUACAAGAUCCCCACAUAGUGAUGUGAGGUUGAAGAAUGUUGAACAAAGCGAUAUCAGCAGCAGGAAACGAGGUCACAGUCCGGAGGUACAUGGAACAAAGUUGAAGGUCAAACGUGUGGAGCAUUCUGAAGACCCAGAGGUCAAAAGUUGCCAAGGUCACUCAUUUUCACAUGCUACAGGAACCCAGCAAGGUAUAGGUAGGAGCCACGAACUUCUGAAAUCUUGUGCAGAAAAACCAAACAGUUCCUCAGGAACAAAGUUGAAAGUCAAACGUGUGGAGUGUCCUGAAGAUCCAGAGGUCAAAAGUUGCCAAGGUCACUCAUUUUCGCAUGCUACAGGAACCCAGCAAAAACCGAACAGUUCGUCAAAGGAUACAGAUGUGUUAGCUGAAAGUCCUUGUCAUAACAUCGAGAAAACUCCAGAUGACAUCACUAAGGUUGAUGAAGAUAAUGCCAUUCAAGAUGAACAAUUAAAAAGCAUCACUGCGCCUCACGGUCAGGGUACAAGUCAUGAAAAUGGCAGUAAAAGGCAUUUGUUGGUGAGUUAUGUUACCAAGCACAGAGUGUGGGUGGGCAGGAGGAAGGUACGCAGGCAGCUAGCAAAAGACACAAUCCCUGGGCUCUCAUUGGAGGAACAAGUGACCAAUCAGAUUAUAGAAGAGGACCCAGUGGGCGGGGCAGAGCUGGUGUUCCAGGUGCAGUCUGGGAGGAAGUUUGAUGUGAAGAGUACAGCUGUGGAGCUGAGGUUGUCAGCAUGGAGAGGAGACAGGGAGUUCAGGGACUUGUUCCACUUCCUGGAGCUGUUUCUGGUUAAAAUGGUGGAGAAUCACUUGAUGGAGUAAAUAGUGGCUGUCAUGAAAUGACAAUAAAAUGCAAUUCAAAGGAGUUGAGAAACAUACUCUACAUGUAGUACU